CGCGCUCUGACCUCUCCCCCACCCCCCCGCAGCUGUACUACCAGGUACUGAACUUCGGCAUGAUCGUGUCGUCGGCGCUGAUGAUCUGGAAGGGGCUUAUGGUGGUGACGGGCAGUGAGAGCCCCAUCGUCGUGGUGCUCAGUGGCAGCAUGGAACCAGCCUUUCACAGAGGAGAUCUCUUGUUUUUAACCAACCGAAUUGAAGAUCCCAUCAGGGUGGGAGAAAUUGUCGUCUUUAGGAUAGAAGGAAGGGAAAUUCCAAUAGUUCAUCGAGUAUUGAAAAUUCACGAAAAGCAAAGUGGAGACAUCAAGUUUUUGACAAAAGGAGACAACAAUGCUGUUGAUGACAGAGGACUGUACAAACAAGGGCAACAUUGGUUAGAGAAAAAAGAUGUUGUUGGGAGAGCAAGAGGAUUUGUGCCCUACAUUGGAAUUGUGACAAUCUUAAUGAACGACUACCCCAAAUUUAAGUAUGCAGUUCUCUUUUUACUGGGUUUAUUUGUGCUGGUCCAUCGAGAAUAGCCCUGUUGCACUGAAGUUCCUAGCGAAGAUGCCAUGCCUUUUUGUAACCAAGCAUUUUGAGUAUAUAACAAUCUGGUGUGUGUGUGUGUAUGUUUGGGGUGGGGAGAAAACGUACAUUUCAAUGCUUCUUACCAUUUUAGGGGGUGGGGGGGUUGUUUUAGGGGGUUUUUUCUGUGUAAGGAAGAAUGUUAAUCACAGUAUUUCCAGUGGUUUGUCACAUUUUAGCUUUUUUGUACAUCGUUUUUAUAUUAAAAAUCUAAGCCAAAGUGGUCAAUGCUUGUA